AUGAAAACUCUUGGAGAUGAUGUUGAAGUGACAAAUUGUGUCAUAGAUGGAUGGGCAAGGUUUCUUAAUCAUAAAAAGCCGAGAAACAAGAUUUAUUUCUCAACAGUGCUUCAUCACAUUAUGUGCACAAAUAGAGUUUGUCAAGAAGGAUCAUCAAUGAAGACAAGAAUUAAUGCCUUCAUAGAAAGAAUUGACAAUGAACUGAAGUUGAAUAAAAUUGACAGCAUUGUUGGAUAUAAACAGGUCUUCUUCCCAGUAUCAACUUCUCAACAUUUUUUUCUGUUGUGCGUCAAUCAUAUAGAAGACAAAAUUCAUAUAAUUGACAAUAGAAAACUACCAAAAAAGGUAUCAGUCAAAGCAAAAUAUGAAGAACAACCAAAAAUGAUGUUAAAAGGAUUGGCAGAGUACAUGAAACACCUUGGAUAUCAAGAUGCAAAAAGAAUUGAAGACUACACAGUUGUUUUGGAAAAGAUGAAAUGGCGUAGCAACAAUGACUAUACAAACUGUGGAGUUUACAUUAUGAAGCAUAUGGAAACCUUCACUGCUGAUCCUAAUGAGAGUUGGAUUUGUGAUUUAAAACCAAACAAUGUGGAACAAAUUAGAAAUCUAAGGCUCCAAUACACAGCAGAACUGAUGUUAUUUGAAGAAAACACUGAAUCAAGAGCAAAUAGAAGGAAAGCUAGAAAAUUUGCAACUUUGUAGUUUCAAAUGUUCAUUUACAACUAUGUAUAUGUUCAUUUCUUAUAUAUGACUAUUUUUUUUUUUU